AUGAGUGUCCCUCGUCCUAAGUUAACUCGACGGAAAGGCGCAUGUGAAGAAUGCCGUCAGAAGAAGGUUCGAUGCGAUGGAGCGAAUCCGUGUAACCACUGCCAGCGGAACGAAUCUCUAUGUGAAUACAACAUACGUCGCUUACGACGUGACCUACAAAAGGAACGUGUUCAGGACCUUAAUAAGCACGUCUCUACAACAACACAACCGUGGGCAAUGAAUAGUAGCACGAUGCUUGAUUCAUCAAAUCCACAUCGUUCUUCUGAGGUUAUUGUUAACCAGGGUGUCGAGAACUCAGCAAAUCCUCUAAAUACACCAUUCAGUGAAGUGUGUUUCUCGCAGUUGAUAUCUGAUAGCGCGCACUCGUAUUUGGAUUUUGAUUGCCUAGAUGAAACAACGCCGGAUACCAACCAAGUCCAAAUCAUAGGUCAGCAAACAAGCAGUUUUCAGAACCAGACACCAUACUAUACCCCUAGAAAUGAAGAUUCUAUGCCAGACUGGCUCAAGUUGGACUGUGACCAAAGCCUGCACCAGCACAGCACCGCUCAGCCCCGCGAUUAUCUAGGAACUACCCAAGACAACGGCGCUGCUGAAUGGACUCUUGCCCUCUUCCUGGACCGAGUAGUAGACGAUAAAGCAGAGUCAUUCUUAAACCACAAAACCUAUAGAGUUUCUUCCCUUUUCCAAAAUGCAGAUCAAGGGAGCCGUAAACAACAGGCAGUUUUAGAAAAAAUUAAAAUGCUGCUUUCUUCAGAGCACCAGACUUGCCUCUUUAGUCUCUUGCGUAAGACUAACUCUGGCAAAGAGCAUCAAAGUCUGGACCUAAAGAAUCUCCCUGUCAAGCUUGUUCAAAAAGCAUUUAGAGAGCCAGGAGGUCUGAGUCUUUUCACCAAGGAACAGGAUGUCACGCGUAUACAAGAGCGUUUUCUCGAUCCAAAGAAUCUGCCUAUAGACGUCAGCGAUAUGUCACUACUAAUUGUCUCAAUGGCUUGGGGAGCCUUAUUGGAUCCAGAAAUGAGCUCGAUUUCUAAAGCAACAUUACUAGAUGCUGCGCUGGAAAUUUCAACGUUGCUACUUCGCCAGAAUGGUAGCGUUCGUCAAUUCUUGGCGCUUGUUGCUGUACUCUGUCUUGCCGAGAGAACAGGACUAGAAAACCUACCUGCGCUUAUACUUGGCAGUGUUUCGAACGCAGCCUCCUUAGGUCUUCAUUUGGAUCCUGUUCUACGCAAGCUCUGUACUAGUGACGAGCAAGCCAUCCAGACUAAACGAGCCAUGUGGGUACUCUAUUGCAUUGACAAGUCUUAUGCAUUAAGGUGGAAUGCCUUCUCUCUAGUCGGCGACGAUUUCCUUGUCACUACAAACCCCCCUGAUAACGUAAUUGACAGCGAUCUUGCAGCUAUAGCAUCCCUAGAAUGGUUAUGUGUUCGUUCUCAAUACUCCAAAAUCUGCUCAAAUAUCCUGCAGCUCCGAGUAGGCGCAGAAGAAGAGCCGUCCAAAUAUCAUUCUGACAGGGCUGUGUCGCUGUCAACGGCGCUGGAAGAAUGGUAUAGGUCAACUAGGGUCAGCCAGAUGAUUCUCUCUCUGGACCACAAUGAUACCAUGCGAAUCAAGCUCCAGACAGCCUACUAUUACUAUGAGGCUCGGUUUCAGUUACUAAGUAUAAGCCUGCCAAACCCGCAGUGUUCUUCUCCUGCGGAGUCUCAGGAGUAUAGAAAACUACUCAAGCAAUUAACACGCGAAAUAAUUCCACUUUCUAGCACAAUGCCACCCGAAUACCUUCUUCAAGACUGCAACCAUCUGUUCAUCAACAAGCUUGCUUUGUGUUUACUUGCGCUAGGCAUUAUCCUAGAGCCGGAUCAGGACAGGAGAAAGGAGGCAAGAGCUUUACUUAGCAUUGUUGCCGGGUUUUUUGCUAGGAUAGGAAUCAUGUUGCCGCAAAGCUCUGUUUUUGAGGAGGUUUCCGAUUUGAUUGAGAUUCUCAUGUAUCGUUGA